AUGUCCCGGGGGAUGGAUGUUGUCGGCGGUUGUUGUCGUGGGUGUCAGGUCAACGCACACAACGAAGUCGGAUGGCUCGUCGAUUAUGGGUUAAGCGAGGGAGGCCUGCUUCGUGUUAGUGGCAAGGGUCCCAGCCCUAAUCCUGACCAAUCAUAUGCUGGUCUGAUCACGUGUUAUCUGUCGCACAACUCCGCCUUUGGUCGUAUUAUGUAA